ACUUUUUUUGUCAUGACCACAGACUUCGAUUCUUGUUUGGAUGGUUGCCAAUUUUUGUGGCAUGCACAUGCUCCUUUGGCUAUUCAUUUUCCUUGUCCGCAUUGGCCAAAUCAUGGGCAGGUAAAACCUUUGGCACAAGACACCCACGGCACGCAACCCGGUAUCAGCUCUGGGAUUAGCAGCCAGCAAGUUAUUCCAGGAUGCGCUUAAUCGAAGCAAAGCAAAGGAUCUGUCAUGGAAACUUGUAAGUCUUGUCCGAACAUAUUACCUUCCUUCCACGGUUCCUCCAGCGGAGGAUCCAUGCCCAUUGACUAAUUUGCUUGUACAUAUUCGCACCAUGGAUCAUCGCUGCCGCUGCCGCAGCCGCAGUUUCCAUUAACCAUUGUAUUCUCACAUACACUCCUUUCUCUGAGCUAGCCAUGAUAGCCUACUAUCACUAGCCAUCAAAUCGUGCAGACGCACGGGUUAGUAUAUCUAAGAUGUCGUCACGCUCUACCUCUGUCAUCAUCGCCAAAGCGGUGAGCAGGCACCACUUGCUCAAGAUCGACGGGUACUCGCAAACCAAGGUGGUCACCCAUGGUAGAGGCAUCAAAUCCUACACUUUUAAGGUCGGAGGCCACAGCUGGCUUCUCCAGUAUUACCCCAACGGCGAGCCCUUGGGUCCUGACACUUACAUAGAUGUCUUCAUUCAGCUUGUCAGUGUUAGCAGGGACAUGCCGGUCGAGCCUGACAAGGGCAUUGCAGCUAAAGGCUCGCUCAGUUUACUGGACAGGGCUGGGAACCCAGUGCCAUCAUAUACCAGCACCUUCAAUAGAAGUUUCACAACCACUGGGGUCUUGGUCUGGUACACCAAAAGGACAAUGCUAGAGAACUCAGGUUACCUCAAGGACGACUGCUUCACUCUCAGGUGCGACAUUACUGUCACGGAGCUGCGUGCAGAAGAAACAGAGGAUUGCAAUUUCACCGAUCUCCUGUGGAAGUACGACAGGGCAGAUGUGGCCUUCGAGGUGGACGGCGAGACACUCACCGCACAUCGAUGGGUGCUGGCUGUCCGGUCUCCGAUCUUGAAGGCAGCAGUAGAAGCAGAGCUCCUUGAUGUGCCGGAAAGGGAGAAGAAGACGACGUCCAUGGCCACCGUAAGGAUUGACAACAUGGAGGCAAAAGUAUUCAAGGCUUUGGUCCACUACAUAUACACCGAUGCAUUGCCUGAUGAGAUGGACAAGGGAGAUGAGGCGACGACAGCAAUGGCCCAUGGAUUGCUUGAAGUGGCGGAUAGGUACGAGAUGGAGAGACUGAAGCUGACCUGUGAGGCCAUGCUGUGCAAACGUGUUUCCACGAGCACGGUGAUAACUACAUUGGUGUUAGCGGAGCAGCACCACUGCCAGAAACUCAAAGUGGCGUGCAUCGAGUUCCUCGUCUCUCUGAAGAAUAUGAAAGUCGUCUUGGAAAAUGGUGGUUUCAAACAUUUACAGAUGAGCUGCCCCUCUGUUCUGAUGGAUCUCAUAAAAUGGUCAAAAGCGGCCUGAGACUCGGAGAAGCAAGGAUUGGUCAUCACGGUGAUCGUGGUACCAUUCUUCUAUUUGUCAAUGCCGUGUUGGUCAAUGUAAAAAGUACUACCGGUGACAAUCGACUAUACUCCAUAGUCCAUACUAAUAAUAUACUAAUGUACAUUGGUUUA